AUUUUUUCCAAAUUGAAUUAAAUCAGUCUCUCCCGAAUCAAAAGCCGAACAUCUUACCGUUAAGCGUACAUCAACCCUCACAUUCGUUUUGAAAGAGAGAGUGAGAGUGAGAGCGAGAGCAUUAAAACGUAAUCCAAAUUGAUUCGAAAAAUAAUUUUCGAAAGCCAUUAUAGGUCAGUAUUGAUUGUCAAAUUGUGAAAGAUGGAGAUGGAUCAGCAGAGUCCUUACAAAAUAGAGAUGUAUCCUGACAAGGCCUUGGAACUUGUGAAACACGGAGCUUCCUUGCUUUUGCUCAAUGUUCCUCCUUCCACAAACUUUGGCAUCGAUACCCAGAUGUUUAUAGUGGGUUCAAAUUUUAAAGGAAUCAAGAUGAUUCCUCCUGGUCCUCACUUCAUUUAUUAUAGCGGAGUUAGCAGGUAUGGUAAUGAGUCUUCACCUGUCAUCGGCUUCUUCAUUUUUGUGGCACCAUCAGAGGUCAUUGUUAAGCAAUGGGAUGUGCAAGAGGAGCGCCUUGUCAAACUUGCGGAUGAUUGUGAGGAAGAGCGCUUUGCUCAUGGGGUGAAGAAUCUUGAGUUCGAUAGGUAUCUUGCAGCUUAUGAUCUUCACCAUUAUCAAGACUGGAAGAAGAUUACAAGCUACAUUACUGUGAAUGUUAUUGAACGCAUUGAACCCAUUGGAGGUGAGAUAACCAUAAUGUCUGAAACUGAACUUAUUGGGAAGGGUCGUCAGACAGCAGCAGAGAUACGUUUAAUGGAGCAGUUUCCAGAUGUUGGUGAAUGGCAUGGGCACAAAUCAGCAUCUUCAGGAAAGCCCACAUCAACCAGUCAAAGGUGUUUCUAUACACCAAUUCCAGUUUCUGUUAAGUAUAAAGGGAUGACUGCAGAGGAGCUUACUGCAGCAAAUAUUGAGAAAACAAAACUAUUGGACAUGCUUUUAGAACAAAAAUAUGGAGGAUGUGAAGAUUUGCUUCUCGGAGAGCUUCAAUUUUCCUUCAUAGCUUUCUUGAUGGGUCAAUCACUUGAAUCUUUUAGCCAAUGGAAAGCUAUUUUGUGCCUUCUUCUGAGUUGCGAAGAAGCACCCUUGCGCACAAGGACACAAUUUUUUGUAAAGUUCCUUGAAGUGGUUUACUUUCAACUUAAGCAGGGGUUUCAAAUGAAUUCUAGUGAGCAUGAGAAAGGAAACUUUCCAUUCGUAGAUGAAUCUUGGUUUUCCGAGGACAACUUCUUACAACUUAUAUGCAAGGAGUUCUUUUCUAUGAUAAAGGAAGCUCAACCAGUUGAUGGAGAACUUCUUUUCCAGGCAAAAAGAUUAAAGGAGAUGCUAGAAGGCAGGCUUGGAUGGUCUUUCGAAGAUAAUGUUACCUACAGCUAUGAAGAAAAUGAUGAGUUUGCUCCAAUGAUUGUGCCAAAGGAAGAUUUAACUGGAGAUACAAGUGUUCACAUAUGGCCACUGGCAAGGAAGAAGAGAUAAACAUCAACUUUUGCAUUGUUGAGGAGAAAGAUGGCUUGUAUUAUAUGCAAUUUUCUUUUUUGGGUAUUGUAUAUGUAUCUUUUACUAAAGUGUUAACUAAAACAAAAUGGAUAUACUGAUGUUCACAUA